UCAAAGCUGAAAAGCCAUCGGCCAUUUUCUCUUUGGCCUUUCGCCUUACCCAAAAGAGCAGCAGCAGCCGCCGCCACCGCCCGCGAUGGAUUAAAACUCUCGCCUGACCGCCGCCAAUUCCAACCCAUCGUUAUGGCUCUAUCACCCUCCCCCUCCUCCUCACUAACUCCCCGCCCUCCCUCCCCUUCUACCCCCCUCCCAUUCUCCACUCCACUUCCUCGUUUCACCCUCUCCGCCAUUCGCGCCUCUGGCCGCCUCCUAUCCGCAGCCGCGGCAGCUCCGUCUCCCUUCACCGAGGCGCAAUCCGCGGCGCGGUACCAGCGAGAUGGCUGGGUCUACGCCGCUGACUCGACUUUGUCCGCCCCGAGCCAUUCCGUCGAUGAUCGGGCGAACGAGAUCGCCCUCCAGUUGCCUGAGCUCAGGAAGCUUCUCGGGGCGCUCAGGGAGGCCAGGAAAUCCGGCGGAGGGAGUGAGGGGCCCGGAAGCGUCUCGCUGGUCGGAACCGGGCCAGGGGAUCCGGAGCUGCUGACGCUGAAGGCGGUGCGAUCGAUCGAGAAGGCUGAUCUGAUACUUUACGAUCGGCUGGUGUCCAAUGAUGUGCUGGGCUUGGUCAGGGGCGAUGCCAGAUUACUGUACGUGGGGAAGACUGCUGGUUAUCACAGUAGAACGCAGGAGGAGAUUCAUGAGCUGCUUCUAAGCUUUGCUGAGGCAGGCGCCAAUGUGGUGAGGCUGAAAGGAGGAGACCCUUUGGUAUUUGGGAGAGGAGGAGAAGAGAUGGAUUUCUUACAAAAACAAGGAAUUCAUGUCAAGGUUAUUCCAGGAAUUACAUCUGCUUCUGGGAUAGCAGCAGAACUUGGAAUUCCACUCACUCACAGAGGCAUUGCAAACAGUGUUAGAUUUUUGACAGGCCACUCAAGGAAUGGAGGAACAGAUCCUUUGUAUGUUGCCGAAAAUGCUGUUGACCCUGAAUCAACUUUGGUCGUAUACAUGGGUUUAUCGACCUUACCAUCCCUUGCUCACAAAUUGAUAUAUCAUGGUUUACCCACAAACACUCCAGCUGUUGCAGUUGAAAGAGGCACAACACCUCAACAACGGACAGUAUUUGCCAUGCUGAACAAUCUUUCUGAUGAGGUUAAACUAGCAGAGUUAGUAUCCCCAACUCUUAUUAUCAUUGGCAAUGUGGUGGCUUUGUCGCCAUUGUGGCCUCAAUCAUCUGAAGGAAGUGUUGCCUCUGGUCGAGAAUAUGCGGAAAGAAGACAAGUUUCAUCCUUGUAACUCUUAAUAUGAGAAACAAGCUUGCACUCUUGACUAGCAACAACAUGCUCAUUAAGGUGACAGUGCUUAUGGAUUUCGGUUCAUCGAACCCGAGCAUAUGUUCCUUGUUGGUGAUUCAGAUCAAUGAUCGAGUUGUAGUCUACAUGAGGAUCAUUCUUUUGGAGGAGCAUUUCAACUCCAUUAGUCGACAAUUCGUUCUGGUUUUUUUCUUUGGAAGAAAAUUUGAGGCUGAUAAGGUGUAGAUGAUUGAUUUUUCUUGUAAGACUAUCAUGUUAUACCUAAUGUUCUGUAUUAAUACUACAACUCGUUCUUAAUUGAACUUUUUUUUUUUUUUUU